CUUGUGGUGAUCUGGCAGAACAUGAAGUGCACUAUUACAUGUCUACGUAAAGUUAAUGGAGCUAGCAUCACCUCGGGACAUCUGAAACUGCCGUGUCGUUUCACCUGUACCGCUUUUCCGAGAAAGACGGCGCCUGACCUGCAGUCCGACCCCAGGAAGGAGAUAUGCUGACAGCAAGGGCUAGUGCAUUGGUGUAGUGUUGGCUAUGCCAUGUGAGUUUACAUAACAGCUGUUACAUUACAAUAGGCUCAUAAGCCAAUAGCAGCAGCUGGCAUGCGGUUCUCCUUUUGCCUUCUGAGCUCCAAGUUUUCCCUGGGUCUGUUAAUGAACGGAUUUCAGUGAGAUUUAUUGUCGGAUUUGAACCCAGGAUUGAAAUACGAUUGCAGGUUAAUUGUAAUAAUGCAUCUUAUUUGGAUUUUUAGCACAGCUUUAGUUGAGAAAUAACAGGAUUUAAUUGAAGACCUGGACUAUGUAUAUUAGCUGACUGCAGCAUCAGUUGUGGGCUUCAUCUUGGUGACCUCUAGGAUGACCUUGUCCAAGGACUCUGAGGAAUUCUCACAGCGUCGCCAAGCAACUCAUCCGUCUUGACAAACCUGCAUUCAGAAUUUAGCGUUUUUAAACGCAAGGUCAUGAAAAUAUGACAAAUCCUGAUAGUCGAUGUCACCGCGAAACCGAGUCCACCUGACGGGUCCGGUAGGCGUUACUGAAGAAUUUAUGGUAAAUGUUAAUGAGGUGGGCGGGAUGCGACAAGUGAGUAAGUGACGUCACCCCGCUGUCUGCAGAGAGUGAAACAAACAUGGCGACAGACUGGAGUGGACAGGGACACAUUUUAACUUUAAUCGUUUUUAUUUGGAGUGUCGUUAGUGGACGUACAGAGACAGCGAGUGUUGUCGGGACCCAAGUCUUGGGCAUGCGGCUGGAGAGGAGCGAUAAACCGGCCAUGACAACAGAGGACGGGGUCAUUCAGGUAACAGAAGAGAGCAAUGUCCAGCUCAGGUUUUAUGGGGUGCAGUUCAACUCGGACUCCUCGUCAGAGAUAAGGUUCAUUGAACACGGGGAAGGUGAGGAUGGGAAAUAUUAUAAUAACGGCGAUGCUAACAGGACUUGUACCGAUUUCACCAAAGAUUUCACCAUCAGUAGCUACAUGAAUGUCAGCAGCCGAGGGACAUCAGGGAUGGUCAGCAUCAACAUCAAACCACUCCGCAAGACCGAAAGCCAGAAAGAUUAUAGCCUCUGCGUGAAGGACGGUCCGGGGGACAAAUGGAUCCUUUUGGGGGACAACGAUGGCAGAAUUCAGGUGGUGGAAGAGAUGAAGCCAUUCAUGCCUCUGUGGUUGCAUGGAAUCACGGUCUCCACUUUGUUAGUACUGUCCGGUUUGUUCAGCGGGCUUAAUCUGGGACUAAUGGCUCUUGACCCCAUGGAACUUCGUAUCGUCCAAAGUUGUGGCACCGAAAAGGAGAGGAGGGAUGCCCGCAAAAUCGAGCCUAUUCGAAGGAAAGGAAACUACCUGCUUUGUUCACUUUUGCUCGGUAACGUGCUUGUCAACACCACCUUGACCAUUAUGAUGGACCAAUUGGUCGGCUCAGGACUGGCGGCUGUGGCCGCCUCCACGGUGGGUAUCGUAAUUUUCGGCGAGAUAGUCCCUCAGGCUCUCUGCUCCCGUCACGGUUUAGCAGUGGGGGCUAACACCAUACAGUUGACCAAAUUCUUUAUGCUUCUCACCUUCCCGCUAUCUUUCCCCAUCAGCAAACUGUUAGACUGUGUUUUGGGACAAGAGAUGGGCAAUGUGUACAACAAAGAGAAACUGGUGGAAAUGCUGAAAGUGACUGAGCCCUACAACGACCUGGUGAAAGAGGAGCUCAACAUGAUCCAGGGAGCGUUAGAGCUGAGAACUAAAACUGUAGAGGGCGUGAUGACUCCUAUCGGCAACUGUUUCAUGAUCCACACGGACGCCAUCCUGGACUUCAACACCAUGUCGGACAUUAUGGAAAGCGGCUACACUCGCAUACCAGUGUACGAGGACGAGCGCUCCAACAUUGUUGACAUUCUCUAUGUGAAGGAUUUAGCUUUUGUGGACCCAGACGACUGCACCACCCUUAAAACUGUCACCAAGUUCUACAACCACCCUGUCCACUUUGUCUUUCAUGACACCAAACUGGACGCCAUGCUGGAGGAGUUCAAGAAAGGGAAGUCGCACUUGGCCAUCGUCCAGAAGGUGAACAACGAGGGCGAGGGGGACCCCUUCUAUGAAGUGCUGGGGCUGGUCACCCUGGAGGACGUUAUUGAGGAGAUUAUCAAGUCUGAGAUCCUGGACGAGUCCGACCUCUACACUGACAACCGUAACAAGAAAAAGGCCCACCCCAACAAGAGCAAGCGGGAUUACUCAGCCUUCAAAGACGAGAACGAGUCCAAGGUGAAGAUCUCCCCUCAGCUGCUGCUGGCUGCACACCGCUUCCUGGCCACAGAGGUGAACCUCUUCAGCCCUCUCCAGAUCUCUGACAAGGUUCUUCUGCGGAUCCUCAAGCAUCCAGACGUCGUCCAGGAGGUCAAGUUCAACGAGAAUGACAAGCGUUCGCCGCUGCACUUUCUGUACCUGCGCGGGAAGCCCAUUGACUUCUUCAUCCUCAUCCUGCAGGGUCGUGUGGAGGUGGAAGCUGGGAAUGAGAACAUGAAGUUUGAGACAGGGCCCUUCUCCUACUACGGAGUCAUGGCCCUUUCCAGUCCCUCUCUAGCCGUCACCCCCCCUCUCUCUCCCUCGGUGGUGUCGCCUCAGCCGCGGCGCCUCUCUCUUAAGCGAUUCUCUCUGUUCUCACGCUUCCCAGAGUUCCGCAGCCCGUCCCAUCUGAGUGGUCUGAACCGGUCGGCGUCUCUGAGUUGCACGGAGCGAGUGGACUCCAUGUCGGUGAGCGGCAGCAACACGCAGCUCAACAACGCCCCCUCCCCUCUGUACACCCCCGACUUCAGCGUCCGCAUCCUCAGUGAUGUGCAGCUUGUCAUGGUGACCCGUGCUCAGUACCAGAACGGCCUCCUGGCCUCCAGGUUGGACAGCACCCCCCAGUCUCCUGAGAGUAGCCACGCCCCGCGGGCCCUGGAACCCCUGCUUCCACCUCCGCCUCCACCUCCCCCCACACCCCCCAACUCCAAGACCACCUCUAACAGCUCCCCCUCAACCACUAUCACCUCCGGCUCCACCACUGCGAAAACCAGAACCGCGUCUGACAUCACCAUCAAAACCACCAGCUCCACAGCCUCCGUCGCUGUCAUCACGGCGACCAGUAACAGUAAACCCAGCAUCAUUACCAUGACGAUGGGGACCAGCGGGAGUCGGCCUGCAGGACGUCGGGAGAACAGCCUGGAUGAGACGAGCACGCUGCUCAACAACCAGACCCCGAAUCUGAACCGGAACCAGAACUCCAACCAGAACAGCCUGGCUGGACGACGCCACAGCCACGGGCCGACCAGCAUGCGCACACACACUCCGCCCCUGCCGCACCCGCUCUGCCACCUGCAAACACACGCACACACUGAAAGCACCAUAUGACGCAGGUCACAUGGGGUGGGAAGGGGGAUCCAAAGAGAACCAAAACACACACACACACACACACACACACACACACACGCACAUAGUCUUAUAAACAUACCAACACACACACAAACUAUGAUAAGGUAGCAUGCAUCCUCACCCAUCUCAUCCUGUAGGCAUGCAUUCAACCUUGUUUUGUCAUUGCCCGCUAGAGUAUGAGUGUACAACUAUGCAGUUAGUGUGCACUACAUGUAGCUAGUGUACACUGGAUAGAGUUAGUGUACACUAGAUGGAGUCAACCUACUACUGACUACUUCCCCGUUUCCCUCAUUUUUCUCUUAUAUCCCCUUUAACUCUCUCUUCCACCUUCCCUUACUCUUUUCUAUGUUUGUCUCCUGCGGAGAUGACGACAUGGAUUAUCCUCUUAUGAAGGCAGCAAGACCUGGACUAAAAGGUUAGGUGUGUGGCUGCAGGUCCAGCCAGGAGGGGGUGCUGUGGAGAAGGAAGAAGGUUUCCAGCAUCACCUUCACAUAAGGAUCCUUUACUGGGAUGGCCUAGUUGAGAAAUCCCCUCGUCUGUGUGUGUGUGGCCCAGAUGGUUUAUGUUGGGUUGGCUAUACACACACUGUAUAUACAUACCUCUUCUUUUCCCAACCUCUGGGUAGAUGUGUAUGUGGCAUGUAGCAAAAUUGUAAGACACUGCACCCAUACAGAAGUAGAGAUUAAGAAGUUCUUAUGCACUUUGAUGAACCUCAGAUUGAUAAGCAGCACACACAAGCUAUUUGAAAAUGUGUGAUUCCUACUGGCUGACAGGAGUGGUUUCUGCUCAGUGUCACAAAACCCUCCUGCGCACAAACAAAAACAAGUUCGUUGAAGGAGUCUGAAUUGAAUUGUCAACUGCUUUAUGAAGUAUGUAUUACUGCAUACAUAUGUUCUCCUUUUUCCAAAGUGGGUGACUAGUGGUCAUGUGACAUAAGGAAGUCAAAAACAUAAUUUCAAAUGGUGUUUUGGUUGGAUUGUACAGCGCUGUCUUUGACCUCACUGUCUGAGCCUUACUUCCCGGUUCCGUGCCCCAGGAAGUGAUUGUGGAGGUGAAAGGUCAUGUAGCUGUGGCUGCUCUUUGGCUUCAAUUGCCAACUUCCGCUACAGAUAUGAAGUAUAAAUUAUUUAAAUAUGAAUAUAUACAAAUAUUUAUUUAGAAUUACAAUAUAUUUAUUUUGCCUAAAUUAAUUUGUACAUAUGUUGAUUUUGUUUCCUGGGCACUCUUUCAGUAUGUUUUAUAUGCCUAGGUUUAACGGUUUUACUGUUUGACAUAAUUUCCGUUCUGUUAUUUUGUUUAUUUGUUUUUGCUUAUUUCUCUGUGUUCAGUUGAGACUUCCGCAGUCAGUAUACCAAGACCAAUCUAUUCCACUACCCAGACCUACCUAUAGCUUACAUGUCCUUUACUACUGAACUGUGACAAAGCACUACCUUCUCUACUGAUCUCUCUAGAAGUGUGUGUGUACUGAAGUGUUUAUUUAUGUAAUUUAUUUUUGACUGAAUUGCUGAGAAGAAUGCGUCAAUAAUGUCUGCAACCUCCCUCGCAGAGUAGCGGGUGGCUGUGAGAGAACAUUCCAGAACUGGUCAACAACUGUGGCUCUGGUGGCGUGCUGUGACACACGAACUUCACUGUGAAAAAAAACCCUCUGAGACGACGACCACUGCUACUGUCCCAGAUCUCCUCAGCAUUCUAUGUGAUCACCGCAAACGUGUCCCCUACAUCAUGAGAGAGUUAUUUUUCAGUAUCCUCCAGAGAACUAAUCUCGUUUUCUCUCAGCAACAGUAGCACAGAGGACCUUUUUUUUUAUAUCAAUAUACAGGUUAUCCUCACAAGGGAGGACCAGUUUCCUUUAAGUAAAUGUAGCAUAGAGAACUUUGCCUCGCCAAGUUGAACGUCACCUCAGCAUGAGAUGCUCUCCAGCCCCUUCCAUUAAGAGAUCUGAGAAAGCUAAUGUUAUUACCACUGGUAGGUUAUGCAGUUACACAGUCAUGCACUUGUUCUCAGUCAUCCACUUCAAUUUUAUUUUUGCAGGAAAUCAUGUGAAGUGUUUUGUUCAAAUCUUAUGUUUAAAUAAGCUAAGUAGUGUGGUGCAUGCCUGAUUGUUUGGGAUCUUUCCCAUGUAAAAAGUUCUUCCAUUCAUAUAUGAUCAGGAGUUUAAAAAAAUCACCCAAUGGAAUACUUUUGCAAGGCAAACAUUGUUGUUUUUUUAUUAUUUAAUGUCACUAUUGACUUAUUUAUUUGUCUUUGUAGCAUUUCAAAUGGUCAAAUAGUUGAAUAUUUAUUUGGUUCUAGAGAUUUUUCUAGAAGGUUGAGGCCUAUCCAAGGGCUCCGAAAAGAGAAGCAAUAUGAAGGUGUCUUUUUUAACAGGUCGUACAGAAUACUCACACAAUGCCUCUAUAGUCAUGUCUUUUCCAAUCACAGAGUUCAGUUUGUUUUAGUCUGUAAAAAUGUGGGACAGCACAUUGAGCGGAUCAGUGACUUUUCCGAAGUUGAACUUGUGUUAUCGUGACCAAAGUUACAGGAACACCAUUAAAUCAGCAACACUGCAUUCAAACGGUUAGCCAGACCACAUUGGCCAGAGGAUUUUGCACUUUAUUUUUGUCCUCCUCAAUUCAGCCAGUUUCAGCCUCCACCCCCAGGAAGACCUGGGCACAAAUUCACCUCUUCCCCCCACCCGUGUGGGGGAGGCACUCGCCUGCAGAUUUGAAUUAAUUAAAUUCUUCUCGGCUUCUCAAUGCUGGUCACCACUAGUCCAAAUUUGGUAAUAAGCAGCUUAGAAAUCCCCCCCCCCCCCCACACACACACACACACACACACACUCCUUUGAGUCGAGUUGAGUUUGAUGAUUAGACUGAAAUGGGAAGGGGGGGGUCAAAGGUUUCGAAACAGCUCUCAGAGGGCACUGGGUCUUUUUUUCCACUGGCCCAGGGUUUCGUCAGUUAAUGUUUUGAGGUCAGUGAUGGCGGACCAGGAGGCACUAGACCAUAUAGUCUUUCCUGGGUCCCACGCGCUUGCCUCAGUAUUCUCGUCUUCCAUUGACUCUCAUUUAUAGUGUGAAGCAGGUGUUAUAGACAAAGACAUCCACACCAUUUGUUAUUGACUGAGAAGUACAUGGGGAGAAUCACAGUUACAAAGUUUUAUCUGUCUAUUGUAAGGACUGAUGCAAUAUACAAAGAUAUGUUUUUUCUCUGUAGGGUAUUUGUUUAAUUUUUUUUUUUUUUUUUAAACCAUUUCCUUAAUGGUGGAUUUGAAGUGUUUGGUCGUUAUACUAUGAGAAUCACUGUGUUGAUGUAUUGCAAGCAGCAAUAUUGGGUUUUCCUUGUUCUAGUUCCUGUUAAGGAUGUUUGGCGAGCACACGUACUGUACACAUACAGAUGCUCAACAGAAAGGAAAGUGUACAUACUGUUUUAUAUUAAAAAAUAAAACUAUUUAAUGAGUUCUGAAUAAGAGGGACAAUAAAUCUGAGAUAUAUUUCUCUAUGGAGA